GACUGUGGGAAGAGAUUCACCUCAUCAGGCAUUAAAAUUCAUCAGAGAACACACACAGGAGAGAAACCUUACAGCUGUGAUCAAUGUGGGAAGAGUUUUACUUCAUCUGGCUCUCUGAAUCUACACCAGAGAACACACACAGGAGAGAAACCUUAUAGCUGUGAUCAAUGUGGGAAGAGUUUUGGUCAAUCUUGCCAUCUGACUCAACACCAGAGAAUACACACAGGAGAGAAACCUUAUAGCUGUGAUCAAUGUGGGAAGAGUUUUGGCCAAUCUUGCCAUCUGACUCAACACCAGAGAAUACACACAGGAGAGAAACCUUAUAGCUGUGAUCAAUGUGGGAAGAGUUUUGGUCAAUCUAGAGAGCUGACAGUGCACCAGAGAAUACACACAGGAGAGAAACCUUAUAGCUGUGGUCAAUGUGGGAAGAGUUUUGGUCAUUCUGGACAGCUGACAGUGCACCAGAGAACACACACAGGAGAGAAACCUUACAGCUGUGAUCAAUGUGGGAUGAGUUAUACUACAUCUGGCUCUCUGAAUCUACACCAGAGAACACACACAGGAGAGAAAUCUUAUAUCUGUGAUCAAUGUGGGAAGAGUUUUGGUCGAUCUUGCCAUCUGACUCAACACCAGAGAAUACACACAGGAGAGAAACCUUACAGCUGUGAUCAGUGUGGGAAUAGUUUUACUACAUCUGGCUCUCUGACUUUACACCGGAGAAUACACACAGGAGAGAAACCUUAUAGCUGUAAUCAAUGUGGGAAGAGUUUUACUACAUCUAGCCAGCUGACUUUACACCAGAGAAUACACACAGGAGAGAAACCUUAUAGCUGUGGUCAAUGUGGGAAGAGUUUUGGUCAAUCUAGCCAGCUGACAUUACACCAGAGAACACACACAGGAGAGAAACCUUAUAGUUGUGGUCAAUGUGGGAAGAGUUUUUGUCAAUCUGGCAAUCUGACAGUGCACCAGAGAACACACACAGGGGAGUAA